AUGAAGAAAUACCACUCUACCACGUCCCCCUUCGAACAGCGAAUCGGCUACUAUCGCGCCGUCCGCCACGGCCAACAAAUCUUCGUCUCGGGCACCACAGCCGUGGAUCCGACCUCCCCUCCCAGCGCGCCAAAAAUCCUCUUCCCUGGCGACGCGCGCCAGCAAGCGCAGGUAGCUCUGACGGAAUGCAUCAAGGCCGUGCAGGCGCUGGGCGGAAAGGGAGCGGAGAGUAUCGUGCGCGUGCGGAUGUUUGUCGCGCGCAAUGACAUCUGCGGAGAUGUCGGCGAGGGGUUUCGUCAAGUGUUGGGAAAGCAGAAUGGAGAGGAGUUUGGGGCGGCGGCGACGAUGAUUGUCGUGCAUGAUGGGUUUAUUGAUCGGGAUAUGUUGGUGGAGAUUGAGGUAGAUGCUAUUGUUUAA